UCCGCUUUAAGGGCGUUGCAAGAUGGCGGCCCGCGGAAGCCGCCUGCUGCUGGGUGGCGUCCGGCUGUAUAACGCCAAGCCGCUUAAGUUACAACUGAAGGGGAUUUACCGGCCGAACGCUGCCGACCCAGCCGCUCCGGCUUGGCAAUUGACGGCCGAAUAUGAAGCCAAGCUGUUUGGCCGGCACGGGCGAGCCUCCGGGGUGGACCCGAGCCGCCUGUGGCCGUCGCUGGAGAAGCUGCAGGAAAUGGAGGCUGAGGAGAAAGCCUGGUACCCGUCCUUGAAGGAGAUGCAGCAGUCGCUGGAGGCCAAAGAGAAGGUGGCCGAAGCCCAGCAGCGGCAGAAAGAGGAGAUAAUUGCUGCCAAGAUGGCCAAAAUGCCACAGAUGAUAGAAGAGUGGCAGAGUGAAAAACAGAAACGCAAGCUGAAAGAACAGCAAGAAAAAGAACGGCGGCGGUUGUUACUGGCUGAGGCCCGGGAGCAGUAUGGCUAUCACCUGGAUCAUCACAGUCCUGAAUUCCAGGAGAUGGUGAUGGAAAGGGAGAAGAUGAAACGGAUGGAGCAGAAGGAGGAGAAGAAACGUAUGAGGGGGAUUCAGGCCAAAAAAGCCAUGGAAAGCAAAAUCCUUGCCUCAUCUCCAGAUAACCAGGAGGAGAUGGCUGAACAAAAGGACAUCUAAAAUACCGCAUUAUCAGUCUUUGAAAUAAAUCUGCCUACAGAUUGUGACAUAUAAUUCUCAGAGCCCAAUCAAUUUACUGCCCUUCUCAUCGUGCAUUAAAGGCCAACUUAGAGUUCUUAUGAAAUGUGGAAUGCUUUACUCUACAGAACAAUCUAAAGUCGUUUCUCUGCCCUGCUGUCACCAUUUGGAGCUUCAGCAAUGGAUUUUUGAACAGCAAAUGCAUUCUCUGGAUUUUCUCAGAAGAGCAAGCUCUCUUUCCACCAUGUGAGAGUCCCAAGGGAGUGGGCGGCAUACAAAUCUUAUUAAAGUUUAAAGUUAAAGUAACUAAGGGGUCCUUGGGCCUCGGGCCGUUGCCUAUUCAGAACUGGGCCACGAAGCCGCUUGCUCCUGGCGCUCCAAAAGCGCUCCAAAAGUGGUAGCAGAAGCCGAGUGAACAUGCCCUUCUCAGCUUUGCUGACUCAACAAAGGCUGCCUGUGCAGGAGAUCCGAUCUGCUUUUCAAGCACCGGGCAGCCUCCGUGAGUCUGAAGGCGCAUGAGGCUGCACUUCCAAAGGCGUCUCUUCUCCGUGCCAAAAGCUUUUGCGAAGGGAUGUGAAACACUUUGUGGGAGCAAUCUUAUACUGUUUCAGGCCUUCUGUCCCUUCGCAAAAGCUUUUGGCAUGGAGAAGCCUGAAGGAAACAGCGCCCCAAAGGCUACUUUUCUCUCUUGCAUUCCGGCACACUGCUUGC